GGCAGCCAGCCCAGUGAUAGGAUUCGCUCACCUGCGGUCGUAUAGAGCCGUCAAAACGUGACCUAAGUCUCUCGCAGAAUCAGGGAGAUGCACUACGGGGCAGUUUUCUAUCCUCCCUUCCCCAUCGCCCCCACUUCCGACGGUAAACAUGUCUUGGAAUACGCUCGAACGCGCGCAAAGUAUGCUGCGGUGGACGCGAAACAGAGCAGAGCGGUUCUCAGCGACGAGGAUCACAUUCCCGUCAUCCCACCAUGGCGUGCUUCGCUUG